AUCCUCGCCGCUGCAUCCAGGCCAACUACAGCUACUAGUAGCAUGUACGAAGCCUAAUGCAUGAUAUACUAGGCAUUAUGGCGAGCUCUCCCAGCUACGCCACCCAAUGCCCUUUUCACGUGUACGGCCCGGGAACAUGCUGAAUCUAUGCGUCUUCGUCGAUUUUUCACAUCUAGCUAGGCGAACCGAUCCCUAUUCUGACGAAUUGGAGGGUAGUUGAAGGAGAGCUGAUUCCCAUCAAAAACACCGAACGUCUAAGUCAAUUGCUUCCUCAUCUUGAGUUGGGCCAGAUUCGAGUUAGUAUGGCAAUUCGGAACCCACCUGGGAGACUGCAACCAUCUAGUUCCUCCGUCCCAUCUCAAAGUCCUGCUAAUCCCAACUAUACUGGGGAACCUUUAAAUCGCACAAGCACGUGCAAUGUUGUUAUUUUCGGAGAAUCUGGAGCUGGUAAAAGUUCCUUGGUCAAUUUAAUCACUAGGAAGGACGUAGCCGGAACAUCUUGCGAUACCAGGGGAUGUACGGCUACAGUCAAUGAGCACGAAAUUUGGAUUCAGAACGAGACGUUGAAGGUAAAGCUUUUCGAUACACCCGGUCUUGACGAGGACCCUCGAGGUACAGUCCCAGAUAAGGAAGCUCGACGAAUAUUGAAGAAGCUUGCUCAAACUCUGAUGAAGCAAGGCGACAUUCAUCUCAUCAUUUACUGUGUGCGGGGUCUGAGUGUGAUCCGGACACUCCGCAAGAACUACAACUUCGUUCACUCCCAAGUCAAGAGUAAAGUUCCAAUUGUACUCGUCGUCACAUCUCUGGAAUCCUACGAACCAGAUAUGGAGAGGUGGUGGAGGUUGAAUGAGAACACCUUCUCAAAACAUAGGAUGACCUUUGCUGGACACGCAUGUGUCACCACGGGGAUGAUCACACAAUCUAAUGUGACAGAACGCGGCCGCAACCGGUCGUACGACGCUGUCUGCAAGCUGAUCGAACAGUGUCGCCUGUCGAAUGAGAUGGUAAUUCAUACUGGACCGUCACAAGGCACUACUCACAACAUCCCUUCUGAAUUGACUGCGAGUAGCAGCAAGCGUGCAAACAUUGUCCUCUUUGGACAGGCAGGGGCAGGCAAAAGCUCACUCGUCAAUCUCAUGGCGGGAAUGGACGUGGCACGCACAUCCAGUGACGCGAGAUCCCGCACAUUGUACUGGCAAAAAUAUCCCAUCGAAUUCGACGGCAAGUCUUAUAACGUGUUCGAUACCGUUGGACUUCAAGAACCACAGUUGGGAAUCCCGCAGUACAUCGACGCUAUCGAGAAUGCCUAUAGACUCAUCCAGGAUUUGGAGAGACAAGGUGGCAUUGACCUACUUCUGUUCUGCAUGCGCGCAGGCAGACUCACCACUACGCUUGAAAACAAUUACCGGCUCUUUCACGAAUUCCUCUGUGACAAGAAGGUUCCCGUCGUUGUAGUGAUUACGUACCUUGAAAACGAGGUCGGAGAAAUGGAUGACUGGUGGAGGCACAACAGAGACAUUUUCCGUGAACGGGAGGUCCGUGUCGCUGGUCAUGCGUGCAUCACCGCCAUC